AUGGAAGACUACAGUGACCCCAAAUCUGACCUCUCCCCAGAGGCUGGCCACCUCGCAACACUGGGUCAUAAGCAGGAGCUCAAGCGAAACUUUUCCUUGAUUUCUAUGCUGGGUCUUGCCUUCGCCAUUCUCAACACAUGGACUGCCUUGGCCGCCUCACUAACACUGGCCCUCCCCUCCGGAGGCUCAAGUGCCGUCAUCUGGGGUCUGAUCGUGGCCGGUAUCUGUAACAUGACCCAGGCCGUUUCCCUGGCCGAGUUUCUUUCCGCGUAUCCCACAGCCGGUGGCCAGUACCACUGGGCCGCCAUCGUUUCAUGGCCGAAAUGGAGCCGCGGCAUCAGCUACGCGACAGGAUGGAUUAAUGUGUCGGGUUGGGUCGCCCUCAGCGCUACCGGUGGUUUGCUGGGCAGCACGUUCAUCAUGAACAUCAUUCAGCUCAUGCACCCGGAUUUCGAGCCCAAGGCGUGGCAUCAGUUUUUGAUCUACAUUGCGUUUGCCCUUGCUGCCUUGGCCAUCAACGCUUUCGCCACUCGACUUCUUCCUCUCUUCACCAAAGCCGCCUUUUUCUGGUCUGUCGGUGGCUUCGUCAUUAUCAGCAUUACAGUUUUGGCGUGCGCUUCGCCCGACUACCAAUCCGGCGAAUUCGUCUACGGCAACUUCAUCAACGAGGUUGGCUGGCCAGACGGUCUGGCUUGGCUGCUCGGUUUGCUCCAGGGCGCGUUUGCUUUGACAGGCUUCGACGGAGUUGCGCACAUGAUUGAAGAGAUUCCGAACCCGCAAAAGGAGGGCCCCAAGAUUAUGAUGUAUUGCAUCGGCAUCGGCAUGUUCACCGGUUUCAUCUUCCUCAGUUGCCUCAUGUUUGUCAUCUCCAACGUCAAUGAUGUCAUUGAAGCUGCUGAGGGCCCGCUACUUCAUAUCUUCAUGGACGCGACCAAGAGCAGGGCCGGCAGUAUUUGCCUGCUCAUGUUCCCCCUCGUGUGCAUGCUUUUCACCACAGUGGCCCUGGUCGCCACCAGCACCCGAAUGAGCUACGCUUUUGCCCGAGACCGAGGAAUGCCUUUCAGCCACAUCUUCUCCCGGGUUCACCCUACUCUUGACGUCCCCAUCAACGCACUACUUUGGACAACCGCCUGGGUUAUUAUUUUCGGCUGCAUUUUCCUGGGCUCUUCCAGCACCUUCAACGCCAUCACUGCCGCGUCCGUUGUUGCGCUUGGUGUUACCUAUGCCAUCCCACCGCUCAUCAACGUCCUAAGAGGCCGCAAGAUGCUUCCCGAGAGCCGCCCUUUCAAGCUUCCCAACUGGCUUGGCUGGAUCUGCAACAUUGUUGGAAUCUGCUGGGCCAUCCUUACCACCGUCCUGUUUGUGUUCCCUCCUGUGAUCCCCGUCACAGGAUCCAACAUGAACUAUGCUAUCGUCGCCUUUGGCGUCAUUCUUCUGAUUUCCGGCGGAACCUGGAUCUUUGAUGGUCGCAAGAACUACAAGGGCCCUAUCGUGGAGAUUCAGGGCGUGUUUGAAGGCACUGUUGACGGCAUGGACCCAGCAGGCCAUUCUGAUAGCGUUCGUGAAGAACACGCGGAAAAGAAUUGA